AUGCAUACAUCGCGUCGUCCAUCCUAUCCCAUAGCCUCGACAUCGUAUCACCAGCCGCUGCACACCUCUUCGCAUCCAGACUUUUCUCAGGACAUUUACAUCCCCGCUUCCCAGGACGAGCUGCACAGAGUCAGCAUCGAGUCGCGUCUUCUUCAUCCAGACGGGCCCAGACACGUCGCAGACAUGCGCGCCGCAGACCACACUGCCGCUUCCUCUUCCUUCGAUACCUACGACCGCAUUGGUCGCGAAAACGACUUUCCAUCCGCGCGUCAAGCCUACGCUCCCGCUUCCUCCGCAGCACCAAGGCCGUCCAGAGCAUCGCAACCACCAGCACCCAUGCAACAUCACCAUCACUUCGAUCCGGACGAGAGUCUCAUUCCUGGUGUCGGCCGUGGUGUUCGCUCUACCGCACCGGCACAGACUUCCUACCAGGAUCGCCUGCGAUCCCUCCAUGCUAACUCCUCCCCGGCCAGGAGCCCGUAUCGUCCGGGCAAGUACUCGUCCAGACACGCGCCGUCCAAGUCCGGCCAGCCACUCGCCUCCUCUUCGAUCCACCGCCCUGCCUCGAGCCCAGCACGAGGCGCAUCGCUGCCCAGAAUGCCGCGCGUAGACAGCGCGAGCGAGUCGGACGCAGAUUCAGUCAGCGAGUCGGGCGACUCGGACGCAAACGAUGCCGCCACGCACACCUACAAUAGCACGGGCAACCACCGCAACUUUGCAGCCACGCCCGCCGGUCACACCGUCACCAUGACAGCCAACUUGCAACAGCGACCCAGGCUCGGCCAGGACACGCUCGACCGCAUCGAUUUCGACAUCCACACCGACACCGAUACCGAGCACCGCGCCAGGCGCCCACACCCACAACACCCCUCUGCCGCGUCUCAGCGUCCGCCGGCGAACGCGCCACUCGCAUCGCCACGCGCCGCCGCCACCAACACGUUUGGCAUGAAUGCCGCCGACUACCAGCAGCACCUCGCAUCGCGCACGCUCACCUCGCCCGCCAUCCGCACGCUCAUCGGCGACCGAUCCAAGAGCCCCGACAGCCCCACCCCGGCACCCUCCAUCGACGGCGUCCUCCACCCCGGCAAGCACCGUUCCAGCGAACACCACAACAGCAGCCGUCCUCAGCCGCGAGCCACUCGUCAAGCCUCGGUAUCCGCUUUCGAGGACCUCGCGCGCCAGCUUCAGCACGACGUCGAGCUCACCCGUGGCGCCAACCACCGCGGCCGCCUUGCCGAAGACGCCGACGAUGCAAGCGCGUCCAAUUCGGGAGGGAGCGGCUUCGGCCCGGGCAGCCACGCAUCCAGCGCACGUACGCGCGUCGACUCGGACAACGGCCGUACGCGCAACAAGGCGUUUGAGCCCUCGCACUUUAACGCGCAAGGCUUCCCCGCGCAGCAAAAGACGGCGGCGGCGGGUGCAGACGUGACGGCGCCAUGGGGGGUGCGACUGCCCGACGUCACCGGCCUCACCUCGGCGCUCGGCUCGCCGGUCAAGGGGCGAGAUGCGGUGGAGCAUCGGCCGUUUGACGCCGCCGUAGGCAACCAGGACGCGCGCCUCGACGAGCUCGCUCAUCUGCGCAGCUUUGUCGACGGCAUCCAGGUCGAGCUCGACCGUGCGGGCGAGCGCAUCCUCAACCUCGAGCAGGCGCACGAGCAGCAGAGCCACGACUUUCAGGGUCUGCGGUCGGAGAUGCAGAGCGCCAUCAACAGUGUCCGCGCCACGCAGCCGCACGACGACGAGCAGCUCGUACAGCGCAUCCUCCGCCAGCUCCGCGUCUCGCCCCACGAGCACCAGCACCCCGCACACGGUGUUGUGCAGGACCAUCAGCCGCAGUCCGCACCGGCACCGGCAGCGGGACCGAGCAGCGAGGCGAGGCCAGCGCGUGGAGUGCAGGCCGACGUGCGUGUGCCGCGCGAGUCGUCCACAACAGAACGCAGCCAGGUGGAAGUGGUCAAUCGGCUGUACGCCGAGCUCGAGCAGCUGCGCACCACCAUGGAGGAGCACUACCGCAGCGCAGCUGGGCUGGCGAGCGACGGUGCGCAGCCAUCCGCGCGGGAGCAGGUGUACCAGCACCGCGACCACUGGCCUGCGGGCCGCGAUCCAUGGGACGCGAUCGAGGCGCUGCGACUGCAGGUGCUCAGCCUCGCGUCCGAGGUGGAGAGGCUCAGCGGCGUAGUUUCCUCGGGCGCGCGCCAGCGACACUCGCGCUCGGAUGCUGCGCGCUAUCGGUUUGCGACGGAGCAGCGCGAGGCGUCGUACCACGAGGCGCACGCAGCGUCGGAUCCGGGCGAGGCGGGGCGGUAUGCGCGAUCGUCGACGCCGCCACGCGCGCACUCGCACUCGCACUCACACUCGCACUCGAACCGCCGCGUCUCAUUCGGUCGCUCUAGCCCCACACGUUUCGCCGAGGAGGGUGCGAUGUCGGACGACUACGACCGGACGCUCGAUGCGGUUGCAGAGAACGUGCGUGUUCAGCGCGAGCGCCAGCGUCGACGCAGCGGCGUAGCGGAGGAGGAAGAGAUUUCGCAGCUCGCAUCCGCACGAGCCGAACGUGCCUCUGCGCGCGUUGGCUGCGGCACGCACGACGCCGGGCGGUGCAGUGUGUGUGCCUCGACUGCGCGGUCUGACCGACGCCGGGCCUCGCGCAAAGCCCGACUGCUGGCAGCUGAACAGCGCCGAGACGCAGUGCAGCUCGAAGAGUCCGUCCUCCUCUCUGCGGGAAAGCUGACGGGCGAGCAGGAGGAGACGCUACGCACGGUGCUGCAGGAGCAUUGGGAUGAAUUUGUCCACCAGCGUAUGCUGUACGCCGAGCUUGCGGAUGAGUUAAAGGCGUUUGAUCCGGCCAUGUCCAAACCCAAACGCACGCUGCUGGCCCAACAUGUGCUAGAGGCGGUCGAGGCGCUGGAGGAAAAGGCAGACCGGAUCAACAGGCUCGAGGAGCUGCUCAAGACACCCCAGCCGCAGCAGCCGCAGCAAAAUCGACUCAGAGCCGCCAUCGAGUCGUUUGAAAAGGCACGUCAGAACUCUCCACCAACAAGCAUGCAGCUGUAA